AUGGAAACAGAAGAAGGAUUCCUUAGCGUCUCCAGCAACGCUCCUCGACAACUUACCGAAGCUGAAACUAAUAAGUUGCUGCAACAGGACAUUGUCAGUGACUUCAAGCAGCGGAAAUUAGAAGAAGAAGCUCAGAAAAACUGGGACAAGUUCUACAAUAGAAAUCGAGAGAAUUUCUUCAAAGAUCGCAAUUGGAGCAGUCGAGAGUUGCAAGAGAUUUGUCAUGACAUGGAUCUAACGAGGCCGCUCGUCUUUCUAGAAGCUGGUUGUGGUGUAGGAAAUAUGUUGUUCCCACUUAAAGAAGCAUUUCCGAACUUUAGCCUUCAAGGUUUCGAUUUUUCACCUCGUGCCGUCCAGAUGUGCUCGGAUCGAGCAAAACAAUUAGGGAUUGGAUUAGAGACUGCGCUCGUUGAUCUUUCCACACCUUCGGAAACCUCAGAGUUCGAGGAACAGGCCGAUAUCGCGACGCUUAUAUUUGUACUUUCGGCCAUUCAUCCGGAUAAGCACGCGAACGCUGUGAGGAAUAUGCUUAAAUAUGUCAAAGUAAGUUAA